CAGUCUGAUUGAUGAAUGAAUGAACACCUCCAGUCUAGUUUGUUCCUUAACCCCUUGUCUCCUAGCUACAUCGUGCAGGACCUGAUGGAGACAGACCUGUAUAAGCUCCUGAAGACCCAGCACCUGAGCAACGAUCACAUCUGUUACUUCCUGUACCAGAUCCUGAGAGGCCUGAAGUACAUCCACUCUGCCAACGUCCUGCACCGCGACCUUAAACCCUCCAACCUGCUGCUCAAUACCACCUGUGAUCUAAAGAUCUGUGACUUUGGUCUCGCACGUGUGGCUGACCCGGACCACGACCACACGGGCUUCCUGACAGAGUACGUUGCGACUCGUUGGUACCGUGCACCUGAGAUCAUGCUGAACUCCAAGGGUUACACCAAGUCUAUUGAUAUCUGGUCUGUGGGCUGCAUCCUGGCUGAAAUGCUCUCCAAUAGACCCAUCUUCCCGGGGAAGCACUACCUGGACCAGCUGAACCACAUCCUGGGUAUCCUAGGGUCUCCUUCCCAGGAGGAUCUGAACUGUAUCAUCAACAUCAAGGCCAGGAACUACCUGCUGUCUCUCCCGCUGCGCUGCAAGGUUCCCUGGAGCCGCCUCUUCCCCAACGCCGACCCCAAAGCUCUGGACCUGCUGGACAAGAUGUUGACCUUUAACCCCCACAAGAGGAUCGAGGUGGAGGAGGCUCUGGCUCACCCUUACCUGGAGCAGUACUACGAUCCUACAGAUGAGCCUGUAGCCGAGGCUCCUUUCAAGUUCGACAUGGAGCUGGAUGAUCUACCCAAAGAGACCCUGAAGGAGCUGAUCUUUGAAGAGACUGCACGCUUCAACACAGUCUGCAGGUCCUAACCUAUAGAACCAGAUCUGGACUCUCCUCGUUGUGUGCUCUGGUUCCUCCUGUCUUCAGCCUGUAUACUCCCCCCCCUUCCUCAGUCAGACCACCAUGCUCAGGAACGGGUUUCAGGAAUCAAUCUGUCCUUUCUCCCUCUAUCCUCCCCUCUCUCCCUACGGGGUGAGGAGGGUCACAUGUUGGCUUAUUGUUGAUCUUUCUUCUCUCCCCCCACCCACUCCUCACUGCCUAUGGGGGACUAUUGGAAAGCACUAUAUAGGGAAUAGGGCUCUGGUCUAUAGUAGUGCACUACAUAGGGAAUAGGGCCCUGGUCUAUAGUAGUGCACUAUAUAGGGAAUAGGGCUCUGGUCUAUAGUAGUGCACUAUAUAGGGAAUAGGGCUCUGGUCUAAAGUAG